AAUUUACAUGAAAAAAUAUAUCAGUUCUUAUUUGGAUUUAUACUGGUAUACUUAAAAUUUACCAUACAAAUUUAUACUGUAUUUAAUGAAGAAUACUUGACACUUCGGAAGACGUUAGUGUAAUUUACACAUAUACGUAUAGUUAUGAUGAUUUCCUUCUCCAGCUGUUUUUUAUCUUUCUAAAUGAUAUCAUUUAUCUCUAAUUAUUUUUACAGUUUAUUUAAAAAAUAUACUACUACGCGGUCUGUUAAUUUAGUUAAUGUUUGAACAGUGAAGUAAUAUCGCCCGUUAUAUAUUUUUUAACACUUUUUGUUACACUUCAUGAAAAUGUAAUUAAAUUGUAUCAAUGUGAAAAUAGUUCUCCUAUUCAAAAUAGUUAAAACUAGUGAAAGUUUAUUUUUAUAGAACUGGUUAUUAUUUUACAAAAAAUAUGACAGUCAAACGUUCCAUUUCUUUUUUUUUCUUGUGGAACAAUAUUUAUACUUGUCUACUGAUUAAAAAUAAAAAUAGUUUGAAUGUUAUGUAAUUCAAAAAUUAUAUCAAUAUACAAAAUUAGUAAAUUGGUUGUUAUAUAUUUUUUGUUAAUUCCUUCAAUAUAUUAUGGAAUCUAAAGAAAGGUUUUCACUAUUGCUAUUAGAACCUGGGGAGUACUAUUUUGAGGACUACAUAGCUUCAUUAAUAAACAUCAAUACUAAUAAUAGCCUAAAUGGACGUUUGAAGAUUUGUUCAUUAUCUUUAGUAUUUGAACCAAAAGAUCAUCAUUUUCCAAUCAUGAAAUUGCCAUUCACACAAUGUGAAUCAAUAACUCAAAGCCUGGAAAAGGAUUCAAAUAUUAUUAUUAUUAUAAGUAAACAAUGCAUUGAAAUGUUGGAAAACAAUAUUUUAGAGCCUUACAAAUUUAAUAAUGAUAUAUCUUUUUUCAAAAUUCAAUUGCAGUACGCUAAUAUUGAUGAUUGUUUAUCUUUAAUGCUACAACUUCAUAGAGCAUCAUCUUUACAAACUCCAGAACAUAGACACAUGGCAGCAGCAAUAGCAUAUGGAAGACAAUCAUUAAGUAAAUUUGAUCCAACAUGGUUAGAACUAGGAGAAGAAAUAAUAAUAGAAGUAGUCGGACAAAAAAUAACACCAUUGAGCAUAAAUCCGGGUCGAAUAGUAUUGACAAGUUUACAUGUAUAUUUUCAGCCAUUUAAUAAUAUUGAAGUUAAGUUGUACAUGAAAAUAAAAUUAUCUGAAAUAAAAAGAAUCACAAAAAGAAGAUUUCUUUUGCAACAAGUUGGCAUUGAAUUUGAAUACGAGUCAAAUUUACAGUUGUAUUUGACAUUUAAAACAAAUGAAAUACGAGACAGAGUCUAUAGUUUAUUGGUAAAUCAAACAAAACUAAAAAUAGAAAAUAGUGAUAGAUGUAUUAUGACACUAAAAUGGCAAAAUGGGGCUUUGUCUAAUUUUGAUUAUCUACUCUAUUUGAACAGUUUGGCAGAUAGAUCAUUUAAUGAUCUUACGCAGUAUCCUGUAUUUCCAUGGGUAGUUGCAGACUAUACUUCAUCUAAUUUAGAUUUAAGUAACUCUAAAAUUUUCCGUGACCUAAGGAAACCAAUUGGUGCUAUAAACACAGAACGACUCUCAAAACUUCAGGAACGAUACAAUGAAAUGAAUAUACCAAAAUUCUUGUACGGAUCUCAUUAUUCAACACCGGGGUUUGUGUUAUUUUAUUUAGUGCGAAAAUAUCCACAGUAUAUGCUUUGUCUACAAAAUGGUAGGUUUGAUCAUCCAGACCGAAUGUUUAAUAGUAUAUAUGAUGCAUGGAAAAAUGUACAAAAUAACAUGUCAGAUUUCAAGGAAUUGAUUCCUGAGUUUUAUGAUAUAAGCCAAAACUGUGAUUUUUUAAUAAAUAAAUAUGGUGUUGACUUUGGGUAUCGAUAUGAUGGGCGUAAAGUUGGAAAUGUUGAUCUACCAAAAUGGGCUGAAAGCCCUACUGAUUUUGUGUAUAAACUACGACAAGCUUUAGAAUGUGAUCAUGUAUCUAACAAUUUACAACAUUGGAUUGAUCUUAUUUUUGGUUACAAACAAAAUGGUGAAGAAGCUGUUAAAGCUAAUAAUGUGUUUUACUACUUAUGCUAUGAAGGAGCAGUUGACUUAAAUAAUGUUCGAGAUUGGUAUCAGCGACAUGCAUUAGAAAUACAAAUUAUGGAGUUUGGACAAAUACCUAAACAGAUUUUUGAAAAACCACAUCCAUCAAAAACCUAUUUAUUUAUUAAAGAUAUUGAACAGUUAGGUAUAGAAUCAAAAAAAGAUAUUUAUUGGGAUUGGAGAAUUAUUAACUUAACAAAAUAUUUUACUUCUUCUCAUAAAGAUGCAGUUAGCAGUGUGAGAUUUAGUUAUGAUUUAAAAACUGUAUGGUCUGUGGGAUAUGAUGCUAUGCUUAAAGUUCAUUGUUUAUCAACUAAAAAACAAAUCCGUAAUGUUACAGUUCAAAAAUUUCCAGUCAAAUUUAAUGAUAUUAUUUUGCCAUCAAAAUAUCCUUCUACAGCUAUAAUUGCUACUAUGCAUGGUUCACUAAUUGUUUAUGACAUUGAAUGUUGUCGUAUAGCAGAUGAUUUUAGAGCACAUGAAGAUUCAAUAACGUGUUUAGGUUGGACAAGUAAUGGCUUUUUAAUAACUGGCUCAGAAGACGGUUCUGUACGUAUCUGGGAGACUCCUAAAACUCCUUGGACAAAUAUUGAUUUGAAUAAAUCACUAAAGGCAGAAUUAGAACAUGAAAACAAAGUAAAUUGCUUGAGUAUUUCUUUGAACGAGAAAUAUUUGGCAACCGGAACAAAUACUGGCGAGAUAUUUUUGUGGACUUUUACAGACUUUUCAUUCAUACAACAAGUAUCAAGCCAUACAAGUAGUGUAAAUAAAUUGAGUUUCAGUCCAGAUUGCUCAAAAUUAAUUUCAUGUUCAGAUGAUUGUAGUUUUAAAGUGUUUGACACAAUAACUGGUUUAGAAGUUUAUUUUAACAAACUUCAGUGUCCAUUGAAAUGUUUUGCAUGGGAUGGUUACCAUUUAUAUAUUGGUGGCCAAAAUGGAAUUUUGUAUUUAUGGGAUUUAGAAAAAUUCAUGCUUAUUAAAGAGAUUGAGACACAUAAAGGAAAACUUCUCUCGAUUGAUGUGUCGCAAGAUGGUACCAUGAUUGCCACAGCUGGUGAAGAUCAUCUAGUACAUGUUUGGAAAACAAAACCAUAAUAUUUAUAUUUAAAUAAUGAAGAAAAUUUUAUAUUUUAUUAGCUAUAAUUUUUGUGAUAUUUAUAAUAUGAAUAAUUUUAAAACUUUUAACUGUAUAAUCAUAGUUUAUUUUUGUAUACUCUGUACUCUAUAUAAAAUUUUUUAUAUUUUUUCAAGUGAGUGUUAAUAAAUCAUAAACUUAUGUAA